CAUACACCUAACUGCUCUAAUGUUCAAAACAGUUUUUAGUAAUAAACUGGUUGAUUAUUUUUAAGUUAGUUUAAAUAUUAUAAUAAUAUGAAUAAAGCAAUGCAAUCAUUUUUGUUAAAAACAAUAUGCUGUAUACUGAUUAUCAACGUGACAUUCUGUAGCAGUUGCUUUAGAUCAAUAUGCAAAGCUCGUUGUUAUUUCAAGCAUAGUGGAUUCGACUUCGGUUAUUGUGAAAAGGGAAUUUGCAAGUGUGCACCACCGGUUAUUUACGUUUUUGAUGGUAUUGGUCGCGAUUUGAGCGACGAAUACAUAGACAAUUCAUUGGACAAUAACAAUGUUAUCCAAAAUUUGAUACCAACAUCAAGUACUUCAGCAUCGAAUACUUCAGAUGAAAAUAAGAAAAAUAAGAUUUGGAGAAAUAUUGUUGACAGAAUUAUCAAUAAUUAUCCGUUUAUUAAAGAAGAGAAUCUUAAGGAUCUAAAAGCAAAAAUAUUUAAUAAUUUGCCAGACUUAAGUAACGUUUUUAUAGCUCUUCGAAAUCCGUUAGAAACAGCGUUAGAUGAAAUUAAAAAGAAAAUUCCUAGUACGUUUACAGAAUGUAAUGAUCUUUUAAAUCUUUUAUUGCAACAACAAAAGAAAAAUGAUGCCGUAAACUUAAACUCUAAAGAUGCCCCUAUCAUUCAAACUAAUAAACCACCAACACAGGCAUCACCACUUAUUUCACCCACACCACAGAUUGAAACAUUAACACAGGCACCACCACUACAAAUUGUACCAUCACUAUCAACGACACCAAAAACAGCGAACAGAUUAACUGUAUCUUCACCUCGAAAUAUAGUACCAAAUAAAAAUGGCGUUGCUAACACAUUACCAUCGACUAGAAUAACAGGUGUUAAUCCUAAUAAACAACAAAAUAGUAAUUUAAACAGUAACAAACUACAACCAAAACUUAAAAAUCAACAAAUAGCAAACAAAAAGGAUAAGACAAAUGGUGAACUCCUCCUUGAACUAUCAGAUGAAACUGUUGAAUAUUACGAUACAAACGAAUUAUCUGACGAAAAUGUUAAACAAAACAAAAAACUUCAAACUACGAAUAACAACAAAAUUGGCGAAAAACUACCUCCUGCCAAAAAAGAGAAACUUGAUGAAUCAUAUGAGUCACAAUCAGGAUCAGGAUCAUAUGAAUCGUUCGAGGAAGAAAAACCUGCAGUGGCUAAUGUUGCUGUAGGUAUUAUGUCAAAUAAAUGAAUAAAUAUCGUCUUUACGUUAAGUUAUAAAAAUAGAUAAAAUAACUUUUAAAUUAAAAGUGUUUAAAUUAAAACUAUUGCAUUGUUGCUUAUAAUAGAUAUUAAUGUAUUAUAUACAUGUAACAAUUACAUAAUAAUGUAUGUCUCAUAUAUAUUAUAAAUUUA